AUGGCUGAGUUCGCAAACAUGAGCGAAUCGCAAGGUUUCGUGGACAAAUGGCGCAUCCAAGGUUUAGAGCAGGCAGCGGUGGGACUUAUACCGUCACCACCGCCGCCAUUCACGCCAAUGGCAACAUCUCCACUGGAACACGAACUGCUCGCUGAAAUGUUAGAGCAGGCCGCGCCGGGAUUCACAACAUCGUCACCGCCGUCGCCGCCCGCAUCAACAUCAUCGGGCUGCACCAAGAACAUCUCCACUGGAACACGACGGGGUGCGGCAGCAACGUUUCACUGUCAGAUAGCGAGAUCAUCUCAGGACAGCUGCAGUACAACGAGCCGUGUCGAGCACAGAAGGUCAUCGCUUCUUCCCAUUCUCUCGUGCUGCCUGUGCGUGAAACUCUUUUUGAGUGGAACUAACGCUCGUUCUUGGGUUUUUUCUUUGGUUUUGGCAGCCGAGAACGAGGUCAUGGAGAAGGCCGAUCUUGGAGAGGUGGACACCGAUUUGGAUCCACUGGCGGGCAACAAGGAGCUCAUGAUGAAGACGCUGAUGAAGAGAGUCUGCUUCAAGAAGAAAAGGAAGAAAAAAAUCCCCAAGGAAGCGAGGCAACAGCUGCUGGACUGGUGGUCACAGCACCAGGAUCAUCCAUAUCCCAAUGUGAGUUUCUUUCAAUGUGUCCUUUCCAUUCCAUUGCUUAUUUUCUUUGACAUAUUGCUUCGUUGUGCUGGACAGGGGGACGAAAAGUCUAAUCUGGCGCAAUCCACCGGGCUGGAACCAAAGCAGAUAAACAACUGGUUUAUAAACCAGCGCAAGCGGCACUGGCCACAGGCAGCGCGCGGGGAAUCGUCACAGCAGCGACAUUCCAAAUCGAGGAAACUCUCCACGACGAAGAAAAAAUAA